AUGUUCACUCGUUUGCGUAUAUCAGCUUCAUCGUCUCAGCGCACCCUGCAUUUGCCUUCUGUGAGCAGAUGUCCGCGUAGAACAUUUUUCCAGUCUUUCGUCGCAAGACAGGAUGAAUCUUUCGAGACAGACGAGGAAGAUGAUGCCCUUGGCGAAGCUAUCCUAGAGGGUUUCGACAUACCAUACGAUGCCGAAACCCCAGAAACUCCUUCAUACGAGAAGUGGAUAGCAGACGCCGGUCGCAAGUACCGUGACCCCGCGCCACGGAAUUGGCUUGGCUCUGGAACGCCCUUUCCUCUUAACCAAUCAUUCCGUCCUCCUCCACCUGUCUCGGAUUCUUUACGCACUCAUAUCUAUUUUUCUUACAUGGCCGAUCCCGAGGCUAAUUCGGUACGAGCUUUGGCUGUCAGGCAUCAUCUCAGCAUAAAACGUAUCGAUGCCAUUUUACGAUUGAAAGGUUUAGAAGCAUCAUGGAAAAAGAAUAAGUCCAUCCAGACAGGUUUUGUGCAAGGCAUGGAAAGUCUCCUUGGCGUACCUCAAACGAAAGUUUUUACCACCCUUGAUCAUUCGAAGCCUGUACCCAGAUACGACGCAGUGGAGGCUGACCGAGAAGACGAAGAAGCCGGCGGCUUCGACUGGGCGCGACAACGGUAUCAGCGCAUGUUUUGGGAGACGGUGCCUGAGGGCAAGGACCCAAUCAUGCCAGGCAUUCUGGAUGCCGCCACAAAGUCAGCUACUCCUUCCGAGAACGAGGCGAAGUCGAAUAUUGUCGAGCGUCUUGGCCGUCCAGCAAUCAAAUUCAUUGAUGUCGGCAACAUGUUCUUAGAUGUCAAAGAGCUGGAGCGUCGUGCCAAGGAGGGCGAGCGUAGGGCGAAGGUUCGAGCACGAAGCAAAGAGCGUCAAUGGAUGGCCAAUUGA